AAUAUUUCUGUGCAAUUAAUUUUUUUAUUCUUCUCUCUUUCUUCUUAUUCCUUUUUGGCUUUAUGCCUUCAUAGAGGGACAAGUGGCAGGAAGUCAUUUGUUACUAUCGGGCUUCUGUUCGAAUAUUUCUAUUUUCAUGUAUCUGAAUAAGUAUUUAGCAUUCUAUAAAAAGAGAAACUAUGUUCUCAGCGCCCUUGGUCCAUUGUUGAACGUAACUGUCAUAGGUGUUUUCGGAAAUGAACCAUAUUGUAAAAGUUUGCAAUCCGGCCAAAAGAAGAUCGAAUUUUACUAGUUAUUUGAAGAUGCUUGAGAAUGUAAUGUUAGGUGGUGCCAAAUGCAAUCUCCCUACUUAUCUCUGGCUCACCACUAUCGUCUUAAGAUUUAUUUCACAACUUUCUGCGUGUGCUGCUAACAAUCGCCGUGUCUCUUUUUUCAUUAAUGUAUCUGAGAAGGAUCCAAUAUUGUUUGCACCUGUUACAAUGAGCUGUAAUCACGUCAGUCAUAUUAGACGGAAGAACUCGGAAAACCAGUCUCCCUGGGGUAUGUUCAGAAACCUUUUUUUAGAGUCGACUGAGAACUUCUAUCAUUUCCGGUCUCAUUGUGAGGGUUGUUUUGGGACCAGCGGUGAGUAGCGGAGAACCUCUGCCCGCAAGCUACAUGUUCGUGUUCACGUUUAGCUCGGCUACGACGGGAUUCGCUUUGUCGACGGAGGCGAUGAUCACAAAAUCCUACUUUCAGACUCGUCGCUACAAUUUAGCGCCAUGAUUUUGGAAUCGCCUAAAACCGUAGAGUUGUGCAUCUUUCUACUGAUCUCUGAUUUCUACACCACCUACAAUAUGUGGUAAAAAUUAGUAUCAACUUCGAAAAAGUUCGAGGAAUUUCUAAGAGACGGAGCUGUAUUAAAUUUUGAAAAUGUUCUUAUUGGGUUAAUUUUUGUGUUUAUUAUAAAUCUGCAUAAUGACGAUAGAUUUGGAAGAGUAUAAACGUCGUGUAGUUGAAAUUAAAAGACAGGCGUAUGAAAAUGAUAUUAAUGAAAUUGAAGUGGAAAAGAUAUUCGAUGAAGUCUUUGAAAUGUUGGAGGCUAGACAAGCAAGCAAAUCAUGUAAUCUAAUUAUGAUGAUCAAGUCUCUAAUAUUCCUCGUUUUUGCCCUGAUUUUGGGUAUGAUCAGCCUCUAUAAUCAUCCGUCCACGCAUAAUAUACUCCUACGAAAUUUACAAAAUUUUAUUUAUCCCGGGAUGAAAGUUUUUCGUAAACUGGCCGUACCAAUAAUUAGUAAUUAUCCUUCAUUAACAGAAUUUUACGACGAAUGGUGCUUAGUUGAAAAUUCAUUAUUUCGCGUAGCGGAAAUGGAUUGCUGGCCUUGUGAUUCAAUACGUUCUGUGCCGGACUUAACUGGUCAUAAUAUUACAGCUUCCUUUAAUCCCGGGAUUCCUUACACUCGCAUAGAAAAUGGUAACAUUGUAAAUUUAAAAGAGCUUUUUAAAUUAUAUAAAAAUAAUAAGGCUAUUUUCGAUAGAGAUGCUAGUAGAGUUUUAACAAACAAUGAUUCAUUCAGAACUAUUGAAGAAGUGCUUACGGCAAGAAACGAUCUUUAUCCAAGCAAGUACAAGGAUGUUCAUGUAACAUGGAGAAUAAAUAGAAUGACACCUGGAAGAAUAAUAAGAAAGCUGUUUCCUAAACCAGUUGAAACUCCAGACUGGUGGAGUCAAAGCAUGGAGAAGUUUGUUUUUAUAGACGAACCAAGAUCUCCUGCAUACACAUUGCCAAACCCAGAAUGCAGUAACAUCUUUAUGAGGUGCACUAAUGGAGCACGAUUACUACAUAUGAUACCUAGUCCAGAAUGCAUCCAACAGUGUAAACCAUCUACUAUAAUAUUGCCAGCGCACCAUACAUUAUGGUACAAUUGGUGGUAUUGGCGACCCGUAAGUCUUCCAGCAACAAAUUCCACUGAGAUUUCUAUAAACUAUCUCACAUCAUUUUGUUAAUUUUUUAUAUUAUACAUAAUUUACUAAAUCAUACCAAAGACUGAUAAAUGAAAACGAUUAAUGCUAAUAUCUCUAAAGUAUUGGUCAAUCUGCAUGUCCUUAAAUAUUUGGAAAAGUACUUAAUGCGUCUGGUAGUACUAAA